AGGGUCAGUGAGGCUUGGCUAACUAAAUUGAAAGAAACCCUUCUCCGCUCUCUAGAAGAUUCCCUCUUCUCUCUCUAGGAUUUCUCGCUGUAAUCGGGGAGAAAAAUGGUGUUCGUGAAGGGUCCUGGCCUGUACUCUGACAUUGGAAAGAGAGCUAGAGAUCUUCUUUACAAGGAUUAUCAGGUUGACCACAAGUUUACGCUCACUACUUACACUGCGAAUGGAGUGGCCAUUACGUCAUCUGGGACUAGAAAAGGGGAAGUGCUUUCAGGCGACAUCAGCACACAGCUGAAGAACAAGAACAUCACCACUGAUGUUAAAGUGGACACCCUCUCCAGGGUUUCCACGACCAUCACUGUUGAUGAGCCUGCUCCUGGAGUGAAAGCCAUCUUUAGCUUUGUUGCACCCGACCAGAAGUCUGGCAAGGUGGAACUUCAGUAUCUUCAUGAGCAUGCCGGAAUUAGUACCAGCCUCGGAUUGACCGCGCAACCCAUAGUCAACUUCUCAGGGGUUGUUGGGAAUCAGAAGGCUGCUUUCGGAACUGACAUCUCAUUCGACACAGCUACGGGGAAAUUCACCAAAUACAAUGCUGCAGCCAGUUUUACAACCACUGACCUAAUUGCAUCCUUGUCACUAAACAACAAAGGCGAAUCCAUCACUGCGUCCUACUACCACAUAGUAAGUCCAUUGACCAAUACUGCAGCGGGCGCAGAGCUGACCCACAGCUUUUCGACUGAUGAAAAUACACUCAACAUCGGUGCGCAACACAUGCUGGAUCCUCUGACCUCCAUCAAAGCCCGACUGAACAACUAUGGGAAGGCGAGCGCCCUCAUCCAGCACGAAUGGCGUCCCAAGUCUCUCAUUACCAUUUCUGGUGAAGUCGACACCCGGUCCAUUGAGAAAAGUGCAAAAGUUGGAGUAGCUAUAGCUCUCAAACCCUGAGGAAAAUAUCCCCUCUAAAAGAAAGGAAAAAAAAAAAAAGGAAAA